ACACAAUUGAAUCUUAUGAAUGUUCAAUACACCAUUAUAUAUAAUUAUUGGUGUGACUUCCAUUACUUCAAUUUUGGCUUGCAGGUUGAAUGCUCGUUGGUUCCCAAACUGCCUGAAAUCAGUAUUGUCCUGGCCGGCAAAGAAUUCAAGCUCAAAGGAGAAGAUUAUGUUCUGGAGAUCAGUGGAAAGAUUUGUCUGUCUGGAUUCUCUGGAAUGGACAUUCCCCCACCCAGCGGUCCCCUCUGGAUUCUCGGCGACGUUUUCAUUGGCAAAUACUACACUGAAUUCGACUUUGGAAACAAGCGUGUUGGAUUCGCAAGUGUCAAACAAACUACUAAACUUAAUUCCAUCACUUUUUAAUGAUCCACUAUUUUUUGUGUGAGACAGAUCCUUUUUUCUUUUACUUGAAUUUUUACUUUUUUAUUGAAGCUUACAUGUUUUUGUUUCCUGCAUUAUUUUAUUUCAAGAACUUUUAUCAUUUUUAAAAUUCGAACAAAUUUUCAUUUUUUCAAUGAAAUGUAUGAUCAAACAUUUUAAUAUCAUAUUUUAUUCUCAAUAGAAUGAACAAAGAGUUAACUAGAUUUAAGCUAGACUUAGAACUCAAUUUCUGGCAAUAAAUUUAUAAAAUUUGAUGAUCUAUU